AUGGCUGCUGCUGCUAUCAACGGAGGUCGGCGUCCCUUCGUGGAUCUAGUAUCGGUGGUUCCUCAACCUCUUCCAGAUAUGUCUGUGGCUUUUCGUCUGUCGAAGUCUAAGGAUGGAGAAAUUUUUUUCCAGUUCUCUAAGGAAGAAGUCCAACGUUCUGCCGAACCUUUUCGGUAUUCGAUCGUAUUGAAGUUUUUGAGAAACAGACCAUCAUUGGAUGCCAUUCGGGCCUUCAUUCAUAAGCGAUGGAAUCUUGAUGGAGUUCCAGUCAUCUCCAAUAUGCGGCAUCCUCGGAAUGUUUUUAUUCGAAUGGUUUCAGAAGAGGAUUGCAAUAAGGCUCUGUCUCGUGAAGUCAAUGAUAUCGAUGGAAUUCCUUACCGUCCAUUCCACUGGACUCCAGAAUUUAAAGAAGAAGAAGAACCUUCGCUUGUUCCGGUGUGGAUUGUACUUCCAGGUUUGCCUCCGAAUUACUAUCAUGAAUCUUUCCUUAAAAUUCUUACUGCACCUAUUGGUAGAUUUAUUAGAAGUGAUAACUCUACUCGUUGUGUUACUCGGACUGAUGGUGCUCGUAUCUGUGUUGAAAUGGAUGUUGCAAAGACACCGUUACUUUCUUUUUGGAUUGGAAUGCCUGGUUUGGGAACUAGCAGAAAGCAAGAAAUUGUUUAUGAAACGUUGCCAGCGUUCUGUUCUAAAUGCCAUAUACAGGGACAUAAUUUAAAGACUUGCCGUGCUGGGAAAAAAAAUGUAGGAAGUAAUGUGUGGGUUCGGCAAAAAGAUCCGAUCGUGGAGGAGCCGACGGAUAAGAAUAAUAUUCCAGGUCUUGAAACUACUAAUAUUCCAGUUCUUGAACAUACAGAGGUUGAGUCAAAAGAACCAGCUGAGGAGGAUCGGGUGUUAGCUGUUCAAGCGGAUAAUCUUGAUCAUUUGGAGUUGGAACCGGAAAAGGAUCAAGAGGAUAAUCUUGAGAUUCCGGAAAUUGCGGAAGAGAUGAUUCCAAGAAUUAUGAACGGACAUUUGGAUUGUGUGAACCGUUUGACGGAAACAUAA